ACAGACUAAACAAGGAGGUUGUCUAGUCAGCAAUAACAUUGAAAUGCAACCUUCUAUUAAACUGUCAAGAAAUAAUUCAGAUUAUGUUAGAAAUAUUAAAACUCAUUAGAGUUCUUCUAAUUUGCUUUCUGCCUGGCUUCAGCACUGCACAAUAUUCAGUGAGUGUGGAGAGACCAUGUCCAAUGGAAACAGUCACUUUCACUUGCACUGCUGCUGGAGAUUCCUUGAGAUGGAUACCAUCAGAUACCUCAGCUCCCAUCACCGUUCGCAACACCAUUGAUCUCAAUGUACCGCUAAUGCAAUCAGGUUACACUGUGAAACUAACUGCAUUCAAUGACACUAGUUUAACCUCUACUCUAUCAAGAACAGCAGAGAAUGGGAUCACUGUGUCCUGUGUGGAGUUUGUGCCUGUAAGUACUAUAAGGUCUUCAACAGUGCAAUUGGUUGAACCACCAGGACCACCUUCCACCAUCAGACACUUCACUUCGAGUAUCUUAGCCAAUGAAGUCAGUGUGACUAUUGGUUGGGACCCUCCUACUGAAACUGGUGGUAGAGAUGACCUCACCUACACAGUAUCCAUCUCACCUCCGGCCCACCUAUCUGCUACUGUCCUCACAUCCACCUCUGUCACUGUAACUGCGCAAUAUAAUGUGGACUACACUAUCAGUGUUGUGGCUACCAACUGUGCUGGGAACAGUACGACCGCUGAGUACAGUUUUAGGAUUGGCAACUGUCCUGUGUUGACCAACCCCAUGAAUGGAGCCUUCGGACCUGUCUCAGGCAGAUUGCCAGGAUCCACAGCAACCAUCCAGUGUGACGCUGGAUAUGUGUCUGCUGUUACGAUGGUGACAUGUGAGGGUACACUGAUGUGGAGUCCAGACCCUGAGGCUAUUGAGUGUACAUCACUAAUUAUAACCACACCUACUCCCACAACUCCUGUUCUGCACAAUUGCGCCAGCCUAUCUGAUGGGAGUCGAUUUGAUGCAGCUGUCUCCAUCAGUGUGGUUGUCACGGCAGUUCUAUUCACAAUUAUUGGAUUGUUGAUGGGACUCUUGAUAAUGUAUUUGUUCAUGCGUAAGAAGAAUGUGUACUCCCCGUCAGCUAAAGAGCAAGCUAACGUAGGACCCACUGUACCAGCUGGUCCCGUUUAUGAGGAGGUGUCACCCAAAGAGAAGAUUGAACUGAACACUAACCAGGCGUAUGGACCAGUAGGACUGUGAAACUUCUGGUAAUUUUCAUCAACAGUUAAUAUCAACAACUUAAGAACAAUGUAAACAAUAACAUCUGUUCAUUAAAAAGCCACUACAUGUUUUAUAUCAAAGAAAUAAAUUCAAAGAAACUAUAAUAAUUAUGAA